AUGAGAGACGACUGCUUUUAUUUUAUGACUUCCGUUUGCGCCAGGGGAAACAGCUGCACAUACAGGCACAGCAUGGCUGCCAAGCAGAGCAGCGUUGUUUGCAGCAGCUGGAAAGCCGGCGUAGAGUGCAACGAGCCUUGCCCCUACAGACACUCCGAGUAUCAGCAGAAAGAUAAGGAAAAAGGAAGCACUGUGUGCUACUGGGAGACGCACGGAGGAUGCAAGAAGGCAGACUGUCCGUUUGUGCAUCUGCAGAGAGCCCACAGCCAGCCGUGUCUUUUGGACAUUCAGAAGCUGAACUACGAGCUGGAAGAGCUGAACAUCCGCGACUAUGAAGCAGAAAAGCCGAUUAUCGUAAAGAGCAUAGCCGAGCUGAUGCAGGAGCUGAAAGAGAUUGAGGGAAUAUUUCAUAUUUAA